UAUCCCAACAGUCCCAAAUGCAUCAAUUAUUUUUUUACAGCGCAAAAUUUAUUCUUCUAUUCCAUUAGCUAGAUCUGGAAAACGAAUAUUGGAGUUUUCUUUUUUUCCGGCCGAGUUCAGGGAAAAAAUUGAGAUAAAGGAGAUAUCGACCCUGAAGGAGGACAGGACUCACAAAUGUGUAAAUAAACUCUCGGAAACAAAAAACAUCAGGUCGUUCUCUCGUCUACUCCUCGCUCUCCUCCUGAUUGAUCCAAAGGAUCCCCGCAGGGGUGCAUUCCGAAUCGGCGUAUCACGGGGAAUGUAACAAGGACAACUACCCACACAUUUGCGAGCCAUCUCUCUCGCGUCACUCCACCCCUUUUCCUCGGUUCACUCCAGUUUGUGGUUGAUAUUUGUGCAAAUAUGGCGGAUCCGCUGAGCUUACUGCGGCAAUACAAUGUUAACAAGAAGGAGAUCAUCGAGAGGGAGAAUCAGAUCAUCUUCGGGGAAUUUUCAUGGCCGAAAAAUGUGAAAACCAACUAUUUGACUUAUGGCUCCGGCAAAGAGGGUACGCCAAAGGAGUACUACACUCUGGAAUGCCUCCUCUUUCUCCUCAAACAUGUCCAGCUCACGCACCCGGUGUACGUUCGUCAAGCGGCGGCGGAGAACAUCCCGGUGGUGCGUCGUCCGGACCGAAAGGACCUCCUGGCGUACCUCAACGGGGAGACGGCGACCUCCGCGGCCAUCGACAAAUCCGCACCGCUGGAGAUCCCGACGCAAGUGAAGCGCAGUGCAGAGGAUGGCCUGGACAGUGGUCUCCUGAAGAAGCCGCGUUUCGAGGAGACUCACGUGCAAAAAGUAAAGGAACAGUUGGCAGCGCGCCUGGACGCCCCGAAGGAGGCGUCUGUUACUGUUGACAACAUAAAAUCCCUCUCCGAGGCGAUGUCAGUGGAGAAAAUCGCGGCGAUAAAGGCAAAACGCCUGGCGAAAAAGCGAACGACGAUAAAGGAGAAUGACGACAUCGGCAUGGGCUCGGACCUUCGCGUCAUCCUGGACAUGGACGUGGACGACACUAAGGAUAUUGUCUCCAGGGAACGCCAGUGGAGGACUCGUGCGACAAUUCUCCAGAGCACUGGCAAGAUAUUUGCGAAAAAUAUCUUCGCAAUUUUGCAGAGUAUAAAGGCCCGCGAGGAGGGCCGCCAGAAAGGGCCGACGGCACCGACGCCCAUGACGACACCACGUGCGACGCCGAUGCGUCCGCUACCGCAGCCAGCGGUAUACAAUCGUUACGAUCAGGAGAGAUUCAUCCAGCAAAAGCAGGAGACCGAGGGCUUCAAGAUUGAUACUAUGGGCACGUACCAUGGAAUGACCUUGAAGUCUGUCACCGAGGGGACAAAUCCUGCUGUCCGGAAAAUUCCACCACCCAGUGCCUCCGCCAUUCCAACCUCAGGACUACUGCCAACGUCCGCGGCAAAACUCACACCCCAACAGGCCGCCCAGAACAAAAGACCCAGCAGAACUCCAAUCAUCAUCAUUCCCAGUGCCAAUACAUCUCUCAUCACGAUGUACAACUCUAAGGAUAUUCUUCAGGACCUGAGGUUUGUCUCUAGUGAUGAGAAGAGGGCGGCCGGAUGCAAGAGGGAGAAUGAGAUUCUCCUGCAGAGGAGGAAGGAGGGCGGACUCACUGUACCUUAUCGAGUAGUUGAUAAUCCCCAGAAGCUGAGCAACAACGACUGGGAAAGGGUUGUCGCGGUGUUCGUUAUGGGACCUGCUUGGCAAUUCAAGGGGUGGCCUUAUGAGGGAAAUCCUGUGGAGAUUUUCUCCAAAAUUUGCGCCUUUCAUAUCAAGUAUGAUGAGAUGAAACUCGAUGCCAAUGUUGCCAGGUGGGCGGUUGCUGUUAUUGAGCUCAGUAGAACCAAGAGGCAUCUUGAUAGGGCGGCUCUGAUGAUGUUCUGGGAACAUUUGGAUAAGCAUAUGAUCAAAAACAAACCUCUCCUGCGUUUCUAAACAGCUGGAGACCCUUCCCAACGUGUCAUGAUAUUAGGAUAGUCUUUUCUCCAUCGUUGAGGUUUAAAGACGUCCGCCCUUUGAAUAAGUAUUAUGUGUUGCAUUUGUGAUUGAGGAGUUAUUGGCAGGAUACGACAGACGGGAGAAGCUGCCUGUUGUUAACCUGGAAAAUAUGGGAUUCCCCGGACUCUCAGUGAUUCCAUGUUUCACUCAUCUCUCAUUUUAACUCAUCGACUUGCAUUUCAUCUUCGUACAUCACCUUUAGGUAUUAGCGUAACAAUUGUAAAUAGAGAAUUCUUAGAUUUGUACAUACGAGAGCUGAUUUAUAAAGAAGAAUAUAGUUACAAUGGCGAAUUUCAUGAAUUGAACAGUGAUUUUAUUUCCUCACAGUAAUUGUCCUAUGGAUUUUUCAUUCUGGAUAUUGAAUUAAUUUAUUUUAUUUUAUUUUCAUAUAUUAUAUAUAUAUCUAUCCGUUCCGUACUGUUCCCUUCUCGAGGCUCUUAGAACUAUCACAAGAGGUUGAAAAAUAAAAACAAAGUGAGCCCUACGCUGCAUAUAAACAUAAAAUAUGAAGUUUUUGCAAAUUUGUGUCAAUUUUUUAAACUAUUUUUCAGUAUUAACUGCACUUGCGUGAGCGAGGGGUGAAUAAUGUGAUGAAGGAGAAAAUUUAAUACACAGUUUAUUUAAACAUCCAGAUGACUUGAAGGUUCUCAUAUAUUUAUUUUUCAUUAUAUUUUUAUUCUGAAUUUAGUCCGGAUUAUUUUCAAUAUUUCUGUCUGUCUGUCUGUCGAUACAUGUUUACCGAAAAUAUACACAGUAAUUUUUUUUUCAGUCAAUACGGUCAGUCCAUCGAUGGCCGAAGUUGCCGUUCAUCCACGAAUUAAGCUGUCGAAUUAU